GAUAGGUCGCAUGACAUUUAUGGUUUCCAUCUGGGCAGUUUGGCUCUGUAACAGGAUAUCUCAGAGGCAGUCCAGCCCUGGCUCUUCGCUCCAGCUCCCACUGCACACAGGGAUAGGGGUGUGUGUGUAGAUUGUGAACUCAGUGCAUAUGCAAGAGAGACAACGGCUGACAGCACCAUGACAUCUGUGCUGGACAGCAUGGGGCCCUCCUGGGCCUGGCUGCAUGUGGACAUCUAUUGGAUUUUUUACCUGGCUGCUGUGUUUUGCCUGACUCAUGUACUUCUGAAAGUGAUCCAGCUGUGUCGGAGGAGACAGCAACUGCUCAAAGCCCUAGAUUGUUUCCCAGGCCCGCCAAGGCACUGGCUGUAUGGCCAUGCCCAUGAGUUCAGUGGGCGGGGUGAUGAACUAGACAAUACAGCAUCCUGGGCAGAAAAAUACCCACACUGUCACCCCGUCUGGCUUGGCGGUUUCUUAGUAUUCUUGUGGAUCAACCACCCUGAAUAUGCUAAGGCGGUCUACAGCAGAGGAGACCCUAAGUCUCUUCUGAUAUACAGUUUCCUGGUUCCCUGGAUUGGGCAAGGAUUGUUGAUCUUAAAUGGGCCAAAGUGGUUCCAGCAUCGGAGGCUGCUGACGCCAGGGUUUCACUAUGAUAUUUUGAAAUCUUACGUGACCAUGAUGGCAGAUUCUGUCCACGUGAUGCUGGAUAAAUGGGAACAGCUGAUCACACAGGAGAAGUCAGUGGAGCUCUUUGAACAUGUCAGCUUGAUGACUCUCGACAGCAUCAUGAAAUCCGCUUUCAGUUACCAGAGCAACUGCCAGACUGACAGUGACAACUUAUAUAUCCAAACGGUCAGGGACCUCAGCUUGAUGGUGUAUCUGAGAAUCCAGACGCCCCUGCAUCACAACCAUCUCGUUUACUGGCUCAGUUCUGAAGGGCGUCGAUUCCACAAGGCCUGCAGAUUAGCACAUCACCAUACGGAUAAAGUGAUCAGAGAAAGAAAGGAGUUCCUUAAAGAUGAGCGAGAGCUUGAAAAGAUCCAGAGGAGGCGCCACCUGGACUUUCUGGACAUCUUUCUGAGUGCUAAAGAUGAAAAUGGAGCUGGAUUAUCUGAUGAAGACCUACGUGCCGAGGUGAGCACGUUUAUGUUUGAAGGUCACGAUACCACGGCCAGUGGGAUCUCCUGGCUCUUGUACUGCAUGGCCCUGCACCCAGAGCACCAGCAGAGAUGCAGGGAAGAGAUCACAGAGAUUCUGGGAGACAGAGAGACUGUUCAAUGGGAUGACUUUGGGAAGAUGACCUACACCACCAUGUGCAUCAAAGAGACUCUUCGUCUUUACCCUCCGGUACCUGCCAUAGCACGAGAACUCAGUGCACCUGUAACAUUUGUUGAUGGACGUACCUUACCAAAAGGCUCCCUGGUUUCACUGAAUAUUUAUGGUCUUCACAGAAACCCGACAGUCUGGCUUGAUCCAGAGGUCUUCGACCCUUUGAGAUUCUCACCAGAGAACUCAGCGGAACGCCAUUCCUAUGCUUUUCUGCCUUUUGCAGCUGGACCCAGGAACUGCAUCGGGCAGCAGUUUGCCAUGAACGAGAUGAAGGUGGCUCUUGCGCUGACUCUGCUGCGCUUUGAAUUCUCCCCUGAUCCAGCCAAGCCCCCCAUCAAAAUACCUCAGGCCAUCCUGCGCUCCAAGAACGGGAUUCACCUGCACCUGAAGAAACUCCAGUGA